AUGGCGUUCUACAUGGAAGAAGAGGAGGUGUGGAAAUGUCCAAAACACCCCUCCAAGCGUCGUAGGAACGGCAUCUGCCCCGUCUGCCUCAAGGAUCGCCUCGUCACCCUCUGCCCCGACUGCGCUAACCGAUCGAGAUCCGUCGGAAUCCCUUUCCUCCGCUCCCGCGGCGGCGGCGGCUACGCCCUCUCCGGCUCCGUCCGGUGGAACCCGCCGGAGACCGCCAGGAGCAGCAAAACGCCGUCGUUCUGGUCGAUCCUCCGGUCUUCGAGCUCCACGACCAAGAACAAGAGCAGGAAGGAAUCGGAGGAGAAAGAAAACCAAAACCACGAAUUCAAAUCCAAUUUCUACCCCGGGAAUGGUUACGGCGACGUGAGAAUCGAGGAGUUUACGCGGACGAUGAUGAGAUCGAGAUCGGUCAGCGUGGCAAUGACGUCAGGUCCCGGAGACGCCAAGAAAGCCGGUAAAGGCUGGCACUUUCCGAGCCCGAUGAAGGUUUUCCGGCAGUCCAAAGCAGCAAAAGUGGUUCAAGAGCGUUCUCCGUUGUAUAGAGGUUGA